CCAGUUUUAAGUGAGCUCUAUAGGCUGUGUUGUCUAGCCAGCUCCUAUAGUUUUGUCGGCCAACGGUUGGCUAAAUGAAACAAUGACAGCGCAAAAGCUACAGAUCCUAAAUUUUUCCAAGUACUGCAUGAUUUUCGGGGGAUUAUGGAGACUAAAUUUCCCCAGCCGAAACAAAUUCCUCCUUAAGCUGUACGGUAUCUACUCUUGUUUCGCUCAAAUUUACAUUCCCUUACAUCUGGCGUCGAUGUGUCUGCACUUCUUCUUCGCGUUACGAGACCGGACCCAAACCACCGAACACCACGUGAAAGAAUUCGCGCUUAUCCUCACUCCUUUGAUCACCGAGAUUGCCGCCAUAUUUUGUCAAAGUCACAACUUUAAAAGCAUCAUAUCUAAUAUCAUGGACGAAGAGGAGAAUGUUUUGAUGUCUGAACAAGACGAAACUUUGUACCAUCACAGGCGGCAGUUAAAAUUCUGUAGAACCGUCAACAUGGCGAUCUUCUUUUUUCCUGUGUGUACAGCCCUAUCUAUGACUCUGGAAAACACCAGAACCAGAUUCAAAAUUGACCGGUAUAACAGGGAACAUAAUGCCACGUUAGAAAAACCGUUCCCGUUCGAGUGGUAUCUCUACAAGUUCAACAAAUACAACCACCAAGUCGUGAUGCUGCUGGCGCAACAUUUUACUCACAUGCUCAUAGUGUUGCGCAUAGUAUCGACGAAAAACAUCGUGGUCUCUUGCAUCAUUUUUACGCCGUCCGUCUUGAAACGGUUACAGUCCAGGUUUAGGCAAAUGUCGAGGCAGGAAGGAGACACCUUGGAACAUGUAAGGGAUCUCAUUUCUCAACAUCAGAAAGUUAUACGGUAUGUUGGUCAACUCAACGACUCAAUAAGGUUCGUGAUUUUGAUGGAAUACCUAUUGAAUUCGCUGAAUUUCGCCGCUGUCUUGGUUCAGUUUAUUUCGGUAGGUAUAUGGGAAAUGUUUGCUCUGCGGAUAUUCCAAAAGCUGUUAAAGUUUAGGCACGAGUUGGAGUACUCUCCUCUGUUCUACUUCUUCUAUUUGUUUGUUCAAACUUUCUUUCUGGGAUGGAGUGCCAACGAAGUAAAAGUUCAGAGUGAAGCCCUUAGCGACGCCUUGUAUGAGAGUUUGUGGUACGAACAAAACGGCAGAGUAAAAAGAAUGAUACUUUACAUGAUACUUCGGUCCCAGAAGCCCUUGGUCCUGACCAUCGGACCUUUUGACACGAUGACUACAGCGUCUGCGGUCAGGAUUAUGAAAGCUUCGUACUCCUACGUUUCGCUGAUGGUGAAUUAAUCUUAGAGAACCAUUACCAAAAAAGCUGGUCUCUACCAAUGGAUUUUCUGAUAUUUGUCAAGGCACUUUAGAAUCAUUAUUAUAUUUCAUUUAAUAACAGUAGAGACAAAUUAUUUUUCUCAAUGAUCUAAAUUUGAAUUUGUCUAGACAUAAAUAAAAGGCCCAUUCCAUAUGCAGAAAAGCAACCCCAAACCAUAACGCUUUACAGUACCAGAAACGUACUUGGGAUCUAGCAUUUUCUUAUCAGGUCGACACUACCGAAAUUUCUAUUCAUCAUUAAAUAAUACCCUUCCAAUUGUUGGCCUUCCAAUUUAAAUAGCGAGUAGCAAACAGGUCAGCAUCACGAAUUUUUUUCGAAAGGAACUGUUUUCUUGCCGUUCUUCUUCCAGGAAGUCCGGCUUCCACCAAAUGAUGUCGGAUGGCUCCCGAAGACACAUUUUCUGUGCCCAAUUCUGCUAAAAUCUGACUUGCAGAUAAACGUGGACAGCUUUGGCUAAUUCUCCAAAUUUAAUGUUCUGCCGAAACAUAAAUUUAAUUUAAAAAAGAGGGCGACAUGUUUCGCGCAGACCAAUUUAAAAUUAAAACACGGAGAACUAGAUUUCGUGUAUUUCUUGUAUUAGCUAUAUUUAACCUCAUUGCCUAAGAGAAUGGAUGAAUUUUUCAAUUUAUUUAAUAUAUGGCAACAGAUUUUUUUAUGUAAAUGUAAAAAAAUGGAAAUAGGAUACAAUAAGCAUUAUUUUUCACCACCCAGGUCUAAUGUGUAAACUGUGCAACGCAGAAGUCAGCAGCAUUCGUGCGUAUUUACUUUCCUCUCUUCAU